AUGUCUUCUCAACUCAAACUUGCUGUUGUCGGUACUGGGAUUUUCGCCACUGACACCCACUUGCCAACAUUUCAAAAAUCGCCAAACUUGAAACCAGUUGCUGCAUACAACAGAACCAAAUCAAAGGCAGAAACAUUUGCUACCAAGGCUGGCAUUCCUGAAAAUAAAGUUUACGACUCAUUGGAAGACGCUUUCAAGGAUCCGGAAGUUGACUUUGUUGAUGCGCUAUUGCCAGUACAAUUUAACCUCGAUGCAGUCAAGUUAGCCAUUGAAAACAAGAAGCCAAUUUGCUUUGAAAAACCAAUUGCAGCAAAUUUAUCACAAGCUAAAGAGAUUGUGCAAUUGAGUGAGAAAACAGACUUGCCAAUCUUGGUUUUGGAAAACUGGGCAUACUUGAAAGCUAUUCAAGUGUUGAAGGAGGAGGUGAUUCCCCAAUUGGGCGAAAUUGUCGCAUUUACGUACAAUGCUACGGGUCCUUGGAACGAUAACAACAAGUACUUGGCCACUGGAUGGAGGCAAAAGCCAGAGCACAUUGGUGGGUUCUUGAGCGAUGGUGGUGUACAUCAAUUGGCUUUGUUGACUGAAAUAUUGGGCAAUGUCAAAUCCGUCAGUGGAUUAACCAAACAAUUAAGAGAAGAAAGUGGUACUGACGAUAUCUUGUUUUCAACAUUUAAUUUAAACUCGGGUGUAAUUGGUACAUUCACUUAUGGUUCAGCUUUUGGUGCCACAGAUAAAUCCACUAGUUUCACAAUAUUCGGUAAAAAUGGGUCGGCAACUUAUGAUUGGUCACCAUCUUUGAGUAAACCAAAGAUUGUAUAUCAAACUGGAACCAGUGGUCAAAACAAAAGCGAAAAGAGAACAAUCGAAAUCGAUGAAGUUAACACUUUUGAACAAGAAUUUGAAAACUUUGCUGAGGCAAUUGAGAAAAAAGAUAAGAAAUUGAUCAAGGUACCACCAACUAAAGCUUUCCAUCAUUUGGCUAUAGUUGCUGCUGCUCUAGAGUCUUCAAGUAAAGGCGGAUCUAAUGUCAAUGUAGAAUUACCUUAG